AUGCAGAACCACCACACUCUGGUCACUUUCCCGGAGCUGAUGGCCUCCCAGAAUGCGAAGGGACCGCCUGGCUUCCCCGGUCCUGUUACCACUUUCGGCCGGGAGACCCUCACCCCUUUUUCUGUGCCGCCAUUUUAUGGCCCUCAGCUUCAGCCCUCUGUUUACAGAAUGAGUGACAGGCUUUUGAGCAACUUAGACAAACUUCUGCUUCAGUUUGUUUUCCAGCUAGAGCAAACUUCUUAUGCCAAGGAACAUGUGACUCAACAGAUAAAUCUGCAUACUGCCAAAAUAAUGGAAAAAAAGAAUGAAAUUUCUAGGUUGGAGGAAAAUAUAAAUAACAGCAAUGAUGCAAUUGCUGAUUUGCACAAGCAAAAUAAGAGUAGUAAGGAGAGCUGCAAGGCCUGGAAGCCUACCUAUGUCAUUCUUAGCAAGCAUGAAGAAUAUUUGAAAAAUGAACUUGAAUCUUUACAAGAAGCUGUAGAAAAAGAGAGGAAAAUGUAUCAAGAUUACAUAACUCAAUAUAAAGAGGUUUUGAAGCAACACCGUGAAAAAUAUGCAGAAAGUGCCCUUGCACAGGAGUAUUAUAAAAAAAAGAAAGAGGUUGAAGAAAUCCAAAGCAGAAUUUUGAAACAGUAUGAAAAAUAUAAAUGGAAAGAAGAUGCUUGUUUGGAUAUUCUGGAUCCUGUUCCUUUUAAAUCCCUAAAUGACUGGGCUUUACAGAUUGCUUCUUCGAGGCAAAAAACACAGGAAAUGUUAAAGCUUGCUGCAACUGCUACACAAGAAGCCACUGAACUAGAAAAAGAAGCAGAGGAAUUAGAAAUGAAAAUUAAGUAUUUAAAAAAGACAUUUGAAGAGACUACAGAAGAUCAAAAUAAUUGCAAAAUAAUUGAAGGAAAAAAGCAGAAAAGACUAGAGAAGAUGAAGGAGUUUAAAGAAAGGGUAUUUGAAGAAAGUGAACAUACAUCUUUGUUAAAUGAGAAACAUCAGCUGUGUAAGCCAUUGCGUGUCCCAUGUGCUCCUUGGAAAUUAGUCCAGUCUGUACAGAGUGUUCGGUUCUCAAAGCAACAAACAGAAACAGGGAGAGAAGGAAAAGAAAAACCUGUGAAACCUCCAGUGACCACUAGCAGUUCCUCCAACCUUGCAGACGGCUCACCACAGAUGGUUAUUGAAACUGCAGGGAAUAGUAAUCCACAAAUUUCCCAAGUUCCACCAAUAACGAGUUUACAAAACCAAAUGCAGUUCAGACUAGUACUUCCUCCAAAGCAGAUGACUUCCAAUCAACAGUUUGAGAGUGAAAAUACAGCUAUAGCAAAUCAAGAGGCCAAAUGUGUUAAUAAAGAGGCAGAAGAUGAACCAAAGGAUUCUUCAUAUAUACCUCAAGACAUACACACAUGUUUUAAGUCAAAUGAAGAUAAUUCUGACACAGCAGAAGAAAGUGCAGAACAUUUCUUGAGGCCACCUAAAACACCUGAGUCAAAGGAGAAGGAACCUCAGUUUUCUAAAACACCUCCAUUUGACUUUAUUCACAAUUUAGGUUGUGAAGAAGGAACAUCAAAAUCUCCUGCCUUCUUUUCUCUCAUGAACUUCUCCCAGAAGUCACCUGGCUUUAAUUUGUUUGAUUCCUCUGUGUUUGGGGCAGAAAAUUCAUCUGAUGAGACAGAGGAAGGUUAUCCUGUGGGCAGUUUGAACCCUCUGUCUCCACAGAAAGAUAUUGGAAGCUUGUUUGGGAAAUCAGAAAGUGAGGAUGCAUUUGCCUUUCCCUUCCCCUCGGAAUCGACUUCGCAUGCAUUUGGAGAUGGAAAAGAUGACUUUAGUUUUCCAUUUACAUUUGGACAGGAUCAGAGAUCAUCACAGUCUUCUUCUGUGAAAGGUUUUCAUUCUUCCUUACAAAAUACAAAACCAUUUACAUUCUUUUGA